AUGGGCAGCAUUCAGCUCUUUCCAGCAUCUCAUAUCGAAUCCUCCUUGCUCAUCCGUUGCCCAGUGAUCGUAGAGACGCCAAUAGUAUUCGUAGAAGUGAUCGGAUACCUUGCCUUCCCAGCUGCCCUGGAAGCUCGUUACAACUCGGACUCCUCAUCGACUCCUCGGCCCAACUUUUCGUUGAUUUCUCCAGCUUAUAUAGCACCCGGAGAUCAGAUCUGGAGAUAA